AGAUAAUCGCAGGCUCUUUGAGGUUCCCUCUAGCAAUACAAUAAGCAUACCUAAACCCUUCUACAAUCCAUAAUGGCUACCUUCGACCCAUCAAAGCCAAUUGAUGACCCCCAGGUCUGGUUCCCUAAAGGCAUGUUUGUCGACAAUACGGCACAAAAAUUAACCAUUAAGGUCUACGAUGUCGAUACCCCUGAUGAUGAGGACAAGACGUUCAUUCUCAAUCAUGACAAAAUGGUCGCGUUGAGUAGAUUCCUUUGGACGGGCAAAUUGCUCCCAACCGACCGUGAUGCCUAUAUCAAAACCUUGGGACUUAUUACCACGGAAGAGAUAACCGACGAGGUCUGGACUGAGAUAGAUCAUUUGCUUGGAACAUAUACCGAGAUAUCCAAGGAUUGUACACAAUUUAAAGAAGUGACUUGGGACAAACUCGUGGAUCUGUCAGGCCAGAUCAAGACAUAUGCUACGGUAGCUGGUGGAACACCGGACAGCUCGUAUUACCAAGCCGUGUUAGAAUGGGUUGGGGAGUACAAUACUGAGAAGAACAAGACCAAUCCAGACCAGAAAACACUUGAUGAUUUAGCUGCCGGGAUCAAAGGCGCGAUUGAAGAUGAGCAGAAAAAAAUAAGUGGCAUCCAGGAGCAUAUUACAGACGCAGUGAAGGCCCUGAACACGUUCCACGACAACUGCAAAGGCUAUGAGAAAACACUUGAAGAUGAUGGAACGACUCUUCAAAACCUUUUAGAGAAGGAGGGCAAUGAUAUUGAGCACUUAUCCGGCCAGAUUAGCGAAGAGCUGAAGGAGAUCGAGGAUUUACAAACAGAAAUCGACAGAGAUCACCAAAAAAUACAUGACACUGCAUACUAUGUCUGGAUCCCAUUUAUUGGUACUAUUGCUGGUAUCACAGUCGCGCUCAUCGCCGAGGCCGAUAUCAAACGACUGAAGGAGUCCAUGGAAAAGAUCCAGGCAGCUCUGGACGCAAACGAAGCCAAACUGCAGACUGCUUACGCUUUGCAAGGAGAUAUAACCUCUAUGGGAACUCAAUUGACAGGCCUUGUCAAAGUUAUUAAACCUGCCAUUGCGACGCUUGAAGCGCUCCAGGGAGCUUGGGCCCAAAUGAAUACUGACCUUCAGACACUCUACGACUUGUUUGAAGAUGAUAAGCAGUCCGUUCCACCGAUGUUGCUUUUGCCGAAGGAACUGAACACUAUCGUCCAAGCUUGGAAUGAUUUGAAGGAUUAUGCUGAUGAUUACAUUCAAUAUGCUUUCAUGACGGAUGAUCCAGAGAAAGUCACAAUCCAGAAUUACGUCGACCAGUUGGGCAGUCAACUCAAUUAGCGGAUAGACAUAAUCGCUUUGCACUAUAAACUUCAUUAUUACUUGUAGUAUAUGUGCUGUUCGGAUUGUCCUCAGUGGUCUUCAGAUUAUUUUAACAAUUAUAAUCCAUUAGUGGCACAACGUCUGGUGGCCUUCCUGUCACAGUGCUGAUGUGCCCACACAUAUAG